AUGGCACCCCGCGCAAUAAUCUUCGAUCUCCUAACCGCCCUCCUAGACAGCUGGACCCUCUGGGCCCAAGCCGCCAACGACCUCACAGCAGCAUACCAAUGGCGUCGACGAUAUUUAGAACUGACAUUUGGCUGCGGGAUCUAUCGACCAUAUGAAGAGCUAGUCUACGAAGCCGCAAGAGACGUACAUCUCCCCGACAGAGUACCAGAAACCUUACUCCGAGACUGGGAUCAACUCCGUCCGUGGCCAGAAGCCCCCGCCGUGCUCUCCGAGCUGAAGGACAGGGGAUAUCAACUAGGCGUGGUGACGAAUUGUUCGGUGGCGUUAGGUCGGAGAGCCGUCGCGGUUUGUGCUGGAGGGGUCGAGUUCGAUGCCGUAGUUACGGCUGAGGAAGCUGGGUUCUAUAAACCGCACGGGAAGACAUAUGCGGCUAUCUUAGAGGCCUUGGGUGUGGAUGCCAGUGAGGCGUUGUUUGUGGCGGGGAGUAAUGGCGACGUGGUGGGUGCUGCGGCGGCCGGGAUGGAUGUGGUCUGGCAUAAUCGUGUGGGAUUGUCAGCGUUGGAGGGGUCGGCGCCGGGUCGGGAAGGUCGGUCUUUGCAGGUGGUGAUGGAGUAUUUGGAAUGA